AUGAAGCCCAUGCGCGAUAGCAUAAGCCAACCGAUUUAUCUUCCGUUAAACCCAGAAACGACUACAGCGUUCGACACCACUCUCCAGUCAUUGCGCGACCUCGCACUCACCUCGAUAUUCGCACUACAUAUUGACAUCCGAUGCGGAAUUAUCCAUAUGUUGACGCGCACAAUGGCUGGUCCUAACCCUCCAGUUGUUCGCAACUCAGAACCAGGAACCCCGUCUCCGCUUCCCAGCGGUGGAUGCUGGCAUCUUCUGGCGAGCCAACCAACAGCAGCGUCGCCGGCGGUUCUUGAGUUAAACAAAGACCUGAUUGCUUUUGAUACGAACCUCUCGACGUAUCUUGGCAACACUCAGCGUGUUUUCAUCACAUCCGGCCUCGCUCACUUUAUCGAUCGGGUUUUCGUUUCUAGUACCCGGUUCAUCUGGGCUAUGAACGAGAACGGUGCCCUGAGACUUCAGCUAGAUGUUCUUGUUCUGCAGCAGAACCUCAAGAAUAUUAUCGUCGAUCAGAGCGAAGGUUCAGAUGACGUCUCAAAAGAGCAAUAUCGCGAGGUUGUGGCUCUUCCGCGGAGCGCCAAGUUCUUGGACUGGUUCCUUGACGGCGCAGAGAAAGCGCUCGACUAUGCGAAAGAAGAAAAAGAGUACUUUGCUGCUCACGGCGAUAAGGCGCUUUCUUCGGAUGGAGGCCCGUUCAGCUAUGAGGAACUCAAGGUCCUGGUUGACCUGGGCUUUUCAGAAAUUCUCAGAGGGCCCAGAGGCGAGGAGAACCGGGAAGACUUUAUGGCCGCGAAGAAGGCUAGUGCAGAUGCACUUCUCAGGCUGAACGAGAUCAUGUGGGACUCCAAGUAA